UACUUACACAGGUAGAAGCUAGGUUGUUAUGGCGUCUUGCUGUCCGACCAUGAAGUUUCAGCGUCCCUUUGGUCUGAACAGAAAGGUUGUUUCUGACUCUGGAAGAGUUAGUUCCUUCUGGGGAGCGGAGGUUGUCAAGGCUAAUCAUCUGAAGCACAGUGGACCUCAGAAGAUUCAGACAAGGCUCAUUCGCUCUGUUCUCACCCCAUCUGUUGAUCAAGAGUCUCAUGAGCCUCUGUUGAGAACUCCAAGAGCAGACCCAAAGAAUGUGGCAUCUAUCAUACUAGGUGGCGGUGCUGGGACUCGCUUGUUCCCUCUUACAAGCAAGAGAGCCAAACCUGCGGUGCCAAUUGGAGGGUGUUACAGGCUGAUAGAUAUACCAAUGAGCAAUUGCAUCAACAGCGGUAUUAGGAAGAUCUUCAUCUUAACUCAGUUCAACUCUUUCUCUCUCAAUCGCCACCUUUCUCGCACUUACAACUUUGGCAAUGGAGUCAACUUCGGUGAUGGUUUUGUUGAGGUUCUUGCUGCAACCCAAACUUCCGGAGAUGCAGGAAAGAAAUGGUUUCAGGGAACUGCUGAUGCUGUUAGGCAGUUUAUAUGGGUCUUUGAGGAUGCCAAGACAAAGAAUGUGGAACAUGUCUUGAUCUUGUCUGGUGAUCAUCUCUAUCGGAUGGAUUACAUGAACUUUGUGCAGAAGCACAUUGAGUCAAAUGCUGAUAUCACAGUUUCUUGUGUUCCCAUGGAUGAGAGCCGUGCUUCGGAUUAUGGUCUGCUUAAAAUUGACGAGUCUGGACAAAUCAUUCAGUUCUCGGAGAAACCAAAGGGAGAUGACUUAAAGGCAAUGCAAGUUGACACUACAGUUCUUGGUCUGCCACCAAAAGAAGCUGCAGAGCUCCCAUACAUUGCAUCGAUGGGAGUUUAUGUGUUUAGAAAAGAAGUUUUGCUAAAGCUUCUCAGAUCGAGUUAUCCUACAUCCAACGACUUUGGUUCUGAGAUCAUCCCCUUGGCUGUGAAAGAGCACAACGUCCAGGCCUUUUUGUUCAAUGACUAUUGGGAGGAUAUUGGAACUAUAGGAUCAUUCUUUGAUGCCAACUUAGCUCUCACCGAACAGCCUCCUAAGUUCCAGUUUUACGAUCCAAAAACGCCCUUCUUCACAUCUCCACGGUUCUUGCCACCUACCAAAGUUGAUAAAUGCAGGAUACUUGACUCCAUAGUUUCACAUGGGUGUUUCUUGAGGGAGUGCAGUGUGCAGCACUCUAUUGUGGGAAUACGAUCACGUGUAGAGUCUGGAGUAGAGCUUCAGGAUACGAUGAUGAUGGGAGCAGAUUUCUACCAGACAGAAGCUGAAAUCGCGUCUCUGUUGGCGGAAGGGAAAGUUCCAAUAGGUGUAGGCGAGAACACCAAGAUCAGGAACUGUAUAAUUGACAAGAACGCCAAGAUCGGGAAGAACGUGUUCAUAGCGAAUGCAGAUGGUGUGGAAGAAGGAGAUAGGCAAGUGGAAGGGUUUUAUAUAAGAUCAGGCAUAACCGUUGUGUUGAAGAACGCUACCAUUAGAGAUGGUUUGCAUCUUUAAUCUAAAACCCAUGACUUUUUAACGAGAGACGGACGCUAUGUUCGAUUGAAAUAAUUUAAUAUAACAAGAGGGACAACUUAAGAAAUUGUUAUCAGAUACAUUUUAAAAUAUGUUAUUAUCCAA